GUUGAGUAUAAAACAACCACGCCUGCUCUUCUGAUUUCAUAUCGUUAAAAGCGAAGAUCGUCUCUACCUCUUUUGUCUGAAUUCUUUGACUCUAUUUGAGGAGCAAUUUUUUAGGUUGUAGUAAAGAAAAUGGUGAAGAUCUGUUGCAUUGGAGCUGGUUAUGUUGGUGGGCCUACAAUGGCCGUGAUUGCACUUAAGUGCCCAUCUAUUGAAGUGGCUGUUGUUGAUAUCUCUGUAUCUCGGAUUAAUGCCUGGAACAGCGACCAGCUCCCUAUCUAUGAGCCUGGUCUUGAUGGUGUUGUGAAGCAGUGUCGGGGCAAGAACCUUUUCUUCAGCACUGAUGUAGAGAAACACGUGCGCGAGGCUGAUAUAGUCUUUGUUUCUGUCAACACUCCCACCAAGACUCGGGGACUUGGAGCUGGCAAAGCUGCAGAUCUUACAUAUUGGGAAAGUGCUGCCCGCAUGAUUGCUGAUGUAUCAAAAUCUGACAAGAUUGUUGUUGAGAAAUCAACAGUUCCUGUCAAAACUGCUGAGGCAAUUGAAAAGAUUCUCACCCAUAACAGCAAGGGAAUUAAAUUCCAAAUUCUUUCAAACCCAGAGUUCCUUGCAGAGGGAACUGCUAUUCAAGAUCUUUUUAACCCUGAUCGAGUUCUCAUUGGAGGCCGGGAGACCACAGAAGGUAAUAAGGCUGUUCUAGCAUUGAAGGAUGUUUAUGCUCAUUGGGUCCCUGAAGAACGAAUUCUGACCACCAAUCUUUGGUCUGCAGAGCUUUCAAAGCUUGCUGCCAAUGCUUUCUUGGCUCAGAGGAUCUCAUCUGUAAAUGCCAUGUCUGCUCUUUGUGAGGCAACUGGGGCUGAUGUUACACAGGUGUCAUAUGCUGUUGGUAAGGACACGAGGAUUGGACCCAAAUUUUUGAAUGCUAGUGUUGGUUUUGGGGGGUCCUGCUUCCAGAAGGACAUUCUAAAUCUUGUUUACAUCUGUGAGUGCAAUGGCCUUCCCGAGGUGGCCGAGUAUUGGAAGCAAGUCAUUAAAAUCAACGACUACCAGAAAAACCGUUUCGUUAACCGUGUUGUUUCCUCAAUGUUUAACACAGUUUCAAACAAGAAGAUUGCUAUUUUAGGAUUUGCCUUUAAGAAGGAUACUGGUGAUACAAGGGAGACCCCAGCCAUUGAUGUAUGCAAGGGGCUUUUGGGAGACAAAGCUCGACUGAGCAUAUAUGAUCCACAGGUCACUGAGGACCAGAUCCAGAGGGAUCUUACCAUGAACAAGUUUGACUGGGACCAUCCCCUUCACCUCCAGCCCAUGAGUCCUACAACUGUUAAGCAAGUCAGUUGUGUCUGGGAUGCUUAUGAGGCAACAAAGGAUGCUCAUGGAAUUUGCAUUCUGACUGAGUGGGAUGAAUUUAAGAAUCUUGAUUUCCAGAGGAUAUAUGACAAUAUGCAAAAGCCGGCUUUUGUUUUUGAUGGCAGGAACAUCGUGAAUGUGGACCAGCUGAGGGAGAUUGGUUUCAUAGUAUACUCCAUUGGUAAACCACUGGAUCCAUGGCUCAAGGACCUGCCUGCAGUGGCAUAAAUGUGAUACACAGGUUUGAUGCUUGUGUUGAGGGUCAACAGAAUUACAGUUUGAGACCGUCAAUUUGAUUCCUUACUAUUCAUUUGUUUGACCAAUUUUAUUGUUCCUUGCUUUCCCAUAGUAGCCAUUGCAGUGAAGGUAAAAAGGCUCUGUUUUGUGCCUUACAUUGUAUUGGACGAUAUUACCAUCUCUGUUGUUUGUUAGAGAACAUUAUUCUUGUUCAAUUUAAUCUUCUUUCAUCUGUCUAAUGGUGGAACUUCAUAAA